AUGGCGUUUUGUAGAGGAAGGGAUAGAAGGUCUUUGUCAUCUGUCAGAUGCGCGAGACUGCCCCAGUUUUGCUGCAGAUCGAGGGACUUCUGGAUGAUUGGUCUGGUGGUGCUCCUGAGCGCUGCAGCAGGAAGCAAGCCAGUCGAGGCAAGCCCCGCGCGCCGCCUGCAAGUCCCAAGGGAUGCGUUUCUACCAAGCAUGGAAACACUUACACAGCCAAUCAACCCGGAAGAGAGCUUGUCACAGGGGAAUGUUGAGGUUAGCGUCAACAGUGUUGAGAGCAGCAAAGAAUUGAGCCUGGCUGUAGAAGAGACGCAUAGAAGCGCAGUAGUCAACGAGGAAACGCUUGUAAACACAGCCGUUGAUAGAGGGCUGCCCGCGAUCGCAGCCGUUGAUGGGGAAGUGCCCACAAGCACAGCUGUUGAUAACACGGUAGAAGCAUUCCACCUAGAAGAGGAAACGACAGCUGCGCCUGCGGACGGCAGUAUACCAUUGCUUUCCUCAGAAACGUCUAGUCAAGAGCAUCUCGAAGGCAUAGCCUCUAGCGACGUCACAGUUGAGGGGACAAGUGAUCUGACGCCCGCUGCAAAGUCCAAAAUUUUUGCCGAGGUGGCAAGGGACGCGUCCGCCGAUCCAGAGGCGAGUCAAUCAGCUGUAGCGAACAGUCCAGACAGCCUUGACACAACGGGGGAAGCUGCGUUAACGCCUGAGCUGGCGGAUGGCGCAACGGUGUCAGUACAGAAGGGGGAGAGCUCAGCUGGCGCCAUCCAGGAGGAGCUCCAGGACCAGGACCUUUCCGCGAACAAUCUCCAGAUCAGCACUUCGUACAACGGCCCCUUCGACGAGGACGCGUUCACACUGGCCGAGGCAGAGGACGUCGAGGAGUGGGGUGAAUUCUUGGUCGACGAGAAGAUCGCGGAAGAGUUCCUCGGGAAGAACUGGCGCCAGCACUACGACGACAUAAGCGCGGAGUUUCUGUUGUCCGAGGAUGCGAACCGGGCCGAGUUGGCUGGUGUGAAUACUCCACAAGAGGGCACUGGAAGUGGAGAAGGGACUGAUGUGAAUAGCCUCGGAGAAGCCGGGAGUAAUGAGGAUGUGGGUCGCCCGGGGGAACGGGUGACCCGGAGAGCGCUUUUGAGAUUCAGGGACCGGUUGAGCGGAGGAAGCGAAGGAGGGAAGUAA